ACGGGGGAGUAAAGGUCUUAUUAAAAAAAUUGCAGAGAAAAAUCGUAACAUAAAAGAGGGUAUUGACUGUGGAGAAGCUGAAACUAGAGAGAGAAGAGUAGAAUCUGAGUGGGAGAAAGCGGUUUUGGGGAUUUGGUAACGUCUGAUUCAGGUCUUUUGGCGAGCAAAAGAAACAGGAAACAGCCACAGCGCUGCUUCAUACAGGUGUUUAUCGAGUUGAGCCUGGAAAUAAGGUCGGUGAGAAGACAAAAGCACAGUGGUUUUGUAACUGAAACCCACCAAUUUAGCAGCUACGUAUAAUCAAAGUCAGUUACACUAGUCCACCUGUAAUUAUGAUAACUUACCAUACAUAACCGUCGUCUCUUCUGUGGUUUGGUAGGGCUUGUGUUUUCUUUCUUUGAUAUUCUAUUCAGUGAUUUACUGGGUUCUUUGAAAACGACAUCGUUGCUGUGGUUGUUUAUUUGAUGGCUCAUAUUGAAACGAGUCUCGGGGGCUCAUCGAUUUCUCAAAUGGAAACAGGAAACAAUGAUCUGUAUAAGGAGCUUUGGAAGGCUUGUGCAGGACCACUGGUUGAAGUUCCUCGACCUGGAGAAAGAGUUUUCUACUUCCCUCAGGGUCACGUGGAACAAUUAGAAGCAUCGACAAAUCAGAAACUGAACCAUCAAAAACCUUUGUUUGAUCUUCCCUCUAAGAUCCUAUGUCGAGUUGUUAACAUCCAAUUUCUGGCUGAGCAAGAGACAGAUGAGGUUUAUGCUCAGAUCACUUUGCUACCAUAUGGAGAUCAAACUGAACCUACAAGUCCUGAUCCCUGCCCACCUGAGCCUCCAAAGCAAACAGUUCAUUCGUUUUGUAAGAUUUUAACAGCUUCAGAUACAAGCACCCAUGGGGGGUUUUCUGUUCUUCGCAAGCAUGCCACCGAAUGUCUUCCUCCGUUGGACAUGACCCAAGCAACCCCAACCCAGGAAUUGGUUGCUAAAGAUCUGCAUGGGUUUGAGUGGCGAUUCAAACAUAUAUUUAGAGGUCAACCCCGAAGACAUUUGCUUACUACAGGGUGGAGUACAUUUGUUACCUCCAAAAGGCUGGUUGCAGGAGACGCUUUUGUUUUUUUGAGAGGUGAAAAUGAGGAAUUACGAGUGGGGGUUCGACGUCUUACUCGUCAGCAGAGCUCCAUGCCUUCAUCUGUAAUAUCCAGUCAGAGUAUGCAUUUAGGAGUGCUUGCUACAGCUUCUCAUGCUGUUACAACCCAAACUCUCUUUGUAGUAUACUACAAGCCAAGGACAAGCCAAUUCAUUAUCAGCUUAAACAAGUACCUGGAAGCGGUUACGAAUAGGUUUUCUGUUGGUAUGCGUUUUAAGAUGAGAUUUGAGGGUGAAGACUCUCCUGAGAGAAGGUUCAUGGGCACCAUCAUCGGGGUUGGAGAUAUUUCAGUGCAGUGGCCAGGCUCUAAAUGGCGGUCGUUGAAGAUUCAAUGGGAUGAGCCAGCUACAAUCCAAAGGCCAGAAAGGGUUUCUCCAUGGGAGAUAGAGCCUUGUGCAGCUUCUGCACCAUUAAGUGUUGCUCAACCAGCUGUUAAGGGCAAGAGACCACGAUCCAUUGACAUUCCAGCUUCUGAAAUUACAACAAAUUCGGCAUCAUCAGCCUUUUGGUAUCAAGGAUCAACCCAUUCCCAUGAAUUAACUCAAUUAGCUGGUGGUGCUGAAGUCCAAAGCACUGAGAGACAAGUUCUCUGGCCUUUGAGGCAGAAAGAAUUCGAUAGUAAUCAUUUGAAUGGCAGUAAUGUCUGUAGUUCAAGGGUCACACCUGAAGGCAUUUGGCCUACUUCUCCCCAUCUGAAUGUCUCUUUAAACCUGUUCCGGGAGACAACAGAUGACUACAAAAACAGUGCAGCACGGACUAUUCUGAAUGUUUUCUCCUCAGGGCCAAGUGAUAGCUUAUUUAAUGAUCAGGCUGGAAAAAUGAAGAAAUCUGGGACUUCCAUGGGUUGUCGGUUGUUUGGAUUUGAUCUGAAACGUAACUCUAACAUUGCUGCUGCGCCAGCCAAGGAAGGUGUAGAUUCAACUUUUGAUUCCAAUUGCGUUAAAGGGUCUAUUCCAGCUGCAUCUGAUUCUGAUAAGGCCCAAAAUUCGGAAUUUUCAAAAUCCUUGAAGGAACUGGAGCAAGUGACAGCAGAAGCAUUUCCAAAAGAGACACCGAACAAGCAGGGGUCAGCUACCUCCACAAGAACUCGGACGAAGGUUCAAAUGCAAGGAAUUGCUGUUGGGCGUGCUGUUGAUUUAACUGUUUUGAAAGGGUAUGAUGAUCUUAUUGAUGAAUUAGAAAAGAUGUUCGAAAUUGAAGGACACCUUCGUCCAUGUGACAAAUGGAAAGUGGUUUUUACCGAUGAUGAGGGUGAUAUGAUGCUUGCUGGUGAUGAUCCAUGGCCGGAAUUCUGUAAGAUGGUUAAGAAGAUCUUCAUAUAUUCAUGUGACCAAGUGAAGAAAAUGAGCCCAAGCUGCAAGCAUAAUGCAUCAUCUGUAGAGGGUGAAGGGACUGUUGUAAGCUUGGAUGACUCAGAUCACAACUCCGAAAUUUGAAAGUACAAAAACCCUAUUUAUUUUACAAUAUUUUUUAUUGAAAUUUGAAAGCAAAGGGUGGUGGUAGUUUAAUUUGCUCAGGUUUUUUUGGGAGCCUGCAGUGAAGAAGAGCUAACAGACUCGUACCAUUAAAAUUUAGAGGAACUUAUGAAGGUUUUAGUAAUAGCAUGCGUAUACCUUGUUUUGUGGGAUGGUUUGGUUUCAAUGUAGGGCAGCUGUAAAAAUAUAUGCUUUCAGACUUUGUUGGCAUAAUGUUGGCUUUUAACUAAGUUUCAUUAUAUAUGCCUGACCAAUAAGAUGCCCUUAUUUUCUUGCCUUAAAA